AUGCCUCCGCGACUCAAUCUUUUCUCGGCCAGAAAGGCCGUUCCCGUCCUACGCUCGUCUACUCCCUCUGUCAAUGCGCGGCAGAGUAUCCUCGCCAACCUCCCGCACCGGUCCAGCAAUGCCGUCGGUCUACAAAAAAGAUGGAAUUCGUCGGGAUCGGAUAAGAAACAGGAGACACCAGAGGAGGCGGAUAGACUGAAGGGUCCUACGGAGGAUGCGUUGCCUCAUGUUAGCGAGGAAGCUGCCGCAACGGACCGGAUCAUGUCGAAGGAAAAGCGAUGCGAUGGGAUUCCGAGUUCGCCGGAAUUGGAGCAGGGAACUCCCAUCUCGGAGAUUCUCGAGCGCGACGAAAAGGCUAGGAAGAACGCACCUAAGGUGAUGCAGGAUAUGAUGAAGAAACCGUCCGGCAGCCGCUCCUUCUCGACCUCGACCCGUCGUCUGGAAAAUUUGCAGAAGAAAAACACCAAACCUGAUGAUGCCUCGGCUUCCCUGGUUGCCGAUAUGGUCGCCAAUGUCGACUUCCAAGCGGCCGAGCUCGCCGGUCUGAAGUUCUCUGCUCCAAAGCCUUUGACUAAGACCGACAACUUUCGAUCACGAUAUGAACCGCUUUUGGAACAGUUUACCAAGCUGCUUAUGGAAGAUGGGAAGUUGAGUCUUGCUCAGAAGAAUAUGGCCCACAUCUUGGAUACACUACGAACUUCCUCUCCCCCUCAGGUCAACCCCAAACGCCGUCUCCUCCCCGGCCCUCCCGCCCCUCAACUGCCGCUCGACCCUGUGCUUUACCUGACCCUGAUCGUGGACUCGGUUACUCCCCUGAUCAAGAUCCGUAGCCAGAAGGGUAUCGCUGGUGGUGGUGCGGCCGUCCAGAUUCCUGUGCCUUUGUCGGAAAGACAGCGUCGCCGAACCGCCAUCCAAUGGAUCAUUGAUGCUUCGAAGAAGCGACGCGACAGCAAGUUUGCCAACCGGGUCGCUCAGGAAGUUCUGGCAGUUGCAGAGGGCCGCAGUGGUGUGUGGGAUCGCCGCGAGCAAGUGCACAAGCUUGCACCGGCCUUCGUGAUUCGAGUUACAUCCACCCCGGUCAACUCCCAUCCACAAGUACAGUCCCACCGUCUUUUCUCUACACUUUUUCUCUUUCAUUUCGCUGGACUCCCCUCAUCCGACACCGUGUCGUCGAAUGCUGCCGGGCGAAACGCGGCACACAUCGCGUCUGCGACGGGUGCCUUCGCUGAGCCGGACAACCAUCACCUUCGCCGUCACCGCUACGACGUCAACGACCUCGACGACCACCGCAACGUGUCUGACGAGGACAUCGAGUUAGUCGAAUUGUUGCGAGACGAAUCGGGCCCGCCUGCGGAAACAACAGCAGCAGCAGCAGGACAGGGUACUCGUGAACCCCAGGCGAUUGGACGGUGGUCGGUUGAUAGGAGAUUACAAGACAGCUGGGACGAACUCGAAGGCAAAUUCAAGAGCACAGACGAGAAAGAAAAUAUCUUUAGGCUACCACAUCUUUCACCAGACCAGGUGGAAUACUGGAGUGAGGCUCUUCGACAACGACAGCAACAGCGACAACAGCAGCGAAACCGAGGAGACGGAACGGAGCCCAAGAUGAAGUUCUCGCACAGUCUACAGUUUAAUGCGGUUCCAGAUUGGAGUGCGUAUUAUAUUGCGUAUAGUAAUUUGAAGAAAUUAAUAUACUCGCUCGAACAGGAAUCACGUCGAGUAAACGGCCAGCCAUACACUGAUACCGAAUCCGCACCGUUGCUGAACGAUUCGAACUCGUCGAAUUCGGACGUGGUAUUCAGACGAGCCCUCGAUGCUGAACUGGAGAAGAUAUGCUCGUUCUUCCAGUUCAAGGAAUCGGAUAUCUUCGAUGAAGUCGAGGAUGUCACUAGAGAGGCGGAAGAUUAUGCUGCUCAGGCAGAUGGUGUCAAUAUGGAUCCCGUGACCGAGAGCAUGAUUAAAGCUCGACGGGCGAGUGUCGGGCGACCUGAUAGCAUAUUCCGCAAUAACCGGAGUCGCAGUGGUAUCAGUGACACUAUCGGAGGUGAAGAAGAAGAUGAUGAUGCCGACAGUGAUGACGAACAGGCUCCAUCUGAGGCCCAGGGAAGGUUGCGUUCACAGUAUGCGGAAUCCACGAACCCGGGGGAUGGCCACACGAGCGAGUUGGGUGACUCCCAGUUCCUGGGAGACUCUAGGUUAAUGCAGUCCAGUCGGCUGCUUGAUCAAGAUGAUCAAUUUUUGUCGGACCCCAAACUCAAAGAGCUCCAUAGCACGGGAAUUUUGUUGAAGAAGCGAGUGGUCGAUGUUUAUGUCAGUCUUUGUGGUCUCAAGUCGUAUGUCCAACUAAACAAGACUGGAUUUUCGAAGGCAUUGAAAAAGUACGACAAGAUUCUCGACCGCAGCUUACGACGGGAUUACAUGAACUCUACCGUUUCUCCGGCCUAUCCAUUUACCGAUCCUGUCCUUGAGGACCUGAAGGGGAAGAUCGACCACAUUGAACAUAUCUAUGCGGAUGUGGUCACAACAGGGAACCUGCACAUGGCGCGACGGGAGCUCCGCUUGCAUUUGCGGGAGCAUGUCAUCUGGGAAAGGAAUACCGUCUGGAGGGAAAUGAUUGGCAUUGAGAGAAAGGCGCAGGCUGCGAACGUCGGUAUCCGCCGGACGCUCUUAGGAGCGGAUGAUGAUCCGGCCGCAGCCCAACGACAGGGCGAUGAGCUGGAGAUUCGGACCAAGGAAGUCAGCACACCUCUAGGCCGCUAUAAUAUCCCCCAAUGGAUGUGCAGCUUGAGCUUUGCAGCGCUGAUUUUGAUAUUCGUGGUGUUUGCCAUCUUGCUCGCAGUUCCGAUCAUGGAGAAACCGGAGCAGCAGAACUGCCUGGCCAUGCUUAUUUUUGUCAGUCUUUUGUGGGCGACAGAGGUUGUCCCUUUGUUUGUGACAUCGCUUCUCAUUCCAUUCCUCGUUGUGCUGCUCCGUAUCAUGACCUCGGAUGAGAAACCUCACCAGCGAUUGGGUCCGAAAGAAGCCACUAGCGCCGCAUUUGCGUCCAUGUGGACUCCGGUCAUUAUGCUGCUUCUCGGUGGUUUUACCAUCGCGGCUGCAUUGUCCAAAUAUGACAUUGCACGUCGUAUGGCCAUGUUUGUCCUAAGCAAAGCUGGGACCAAGCCUCAUGUGGUGCUAUUGACAAAUAUGUUCGUUAGCAUGUUCCUGAGUAUGUGGAUCAGCAACGUCGCGUCUCCUGUCCUUUGUUACUCAAUCAUUCAGCCCCUGCUGCGAAAUCUGCCUCCUGAUUCAAACUUCGCCAAAGCCCUUGUGCUGGGUAUCGCUCUCGCCGCCAACGUCGGAGGCAUGUCCUCGCCCAUCGCAUCACCGCAGAACAUCAUCGCCUUGCAGAACAUGAAUCCGAGUAUCAGCUGGGGGACAUGGUUCUUCAUCGCUAUUCCUGUGAGCAUCCUUUCGAUCCUCUUCGUUUGGGCCUUGCUCCUCGCAACCUUCCAUCCUGGCCGCGGCACGACUAUCGUUCCCAUCAAACCGGUGAAAGACCGCUUCACUGGCGUGCAAUAUUUCAUCACCAUCGUCACCAUAGCCACCAUCGCCCUUUGGUGCGUCAGUCAUCAACUCGAGCACGUCUUCGGCGACAUGGGCGUCAUCGCCAUCAUCCCUAUGAUUCUCUUCUUCGGUACGGGUAUCCUCACAAAGGAAGACUUCAAUAACUUUCUCUGGACGAUUAUCAUCCUCGCGGCCGGCGGUCUCUGUCUGGGCAAAUCAGUCACGUCCUCAGGUCUUCUCCACACCCUGGCAAAUGAGAUCACCGCGCGUGUCGAGGAUCUCAGUCUCUAUGGUGUGCUGAUUGUGUUUGCGGCAUUGAUUCUGGUCGUCGCUACGUUCAUCUCGCAUACUGUUGCGGCGCUUAUUAUGCUUCCGCUUGUGAGACAGAUUGGUGUUAGUAUGGAUGACCCGCAUCCGAAUUUGCUUGUUAUGGCGAGUGCUUUGAUUUGUUCUGUUGCAAUGGCGUUGCCGACUAGUGGAUUCCCUAACAUGACCGCUAUCAUGACCGAAGUCCCACAAACCGGCCAGCGAUACCUCAAGGUCCGCCAUUUCUUCACAAGAGGUAUCCCGUCGAGUUUGGCAGCGUUUACCAUCAUCGUCACGGUUGGGUAUGGAUUGAUGUAUCUUGCUGGGUUAUAG